AUGUUAGCCGGUGCUUUCGCAGGGAUAGCGGAACACUCGGUGAUGUACCCGGUGGAUUUGCUGAAGACUCGCAUGCAAAUCCUGCAUCCUUCGACCGGCGGGCUCUACACGGGCUUGACCAAUGCCGUUUCUACAAUCUACCGGAUCGAGGGCUGGCGGACACUAUGGAAGGGUGUUUCGAGUGUGAUUGUCGGAGCAGGCCCGGCACAUGCGGUGUACUUUGGCACAUACGAACUGGUAAAGGAGGUUGCGGGUGGUAACGUCGACGAUGGGCACCACCCGGUCGCUGCCGCUUUGAGUGGCGCUUCGGCCACGAUUGCCAGCGACGCGCUGAUGAACCCCUUCGAUGUCAUCAAGCAACGAAUGCAGGUUCACGGCUCCGUUCACAAGGGCCUCCUCCAAUGCGCCAAAACCCUCUACCGGACUGAAGGUCUCCAGGCCUUCUACGUGUCCUACCCCACGACGCUUUGCAUGACUGUUCCCUUCACCGCCACUCAGUUUGUUGCCUACGAGUCGAUUUCCAAGGUCAUGAACCCCAAGCAGAACUACGACCCGUUCACUCAUUGUAUCGCUGGUGGUCUCGCCGGUGCCUUCGCCGCCGGUAUCACCACUCCACUGGAUGUUGUGAAGACGCUCCUCCAAACCCGUGGUCUCGCGGAGAGUGAAGAAGUUCGCUCCGCACGCGGUCUGUUCAACGCUGCCGCCAUCAUCAAGCGCCAAUUCGGCUGGUCUGGUUUCCUGCGCGGGAUGCGGCCCCGUAUCAUUUCCACCAUGCCGAGCACGGCGAUCUGCUGGACAUCAUACGAAAUGGCCAAGGCGUAUUUCAAGGGCCAAUCUGAACACUAA